GUAGCAGUGGAAGGCGUAUACUAGGAUGGCUGGUCCUAGCCGAGGAAGGAAGAAGAGGGCGAAAACAAGCAGCUGGCGUUAGACUUCGGCUUCAGCCACCAUUUUUGAACUGGGCGGUACACACACACACCAACCCCUCCCCCCUAGGAAAGGACGAGUCAAGCCGGGCCAAGCCGCCAUUUUCCUGCUCCGUAGGGAGCUAGAAAGCGGAUCCUCUCACUGCGCCGGCGGAAGCGUCGCAACAAUUGGCCUUCGGCUGCGUUCUGGCUCAGCCCCGCCCAGCAGCGUCUUGACGUCAACAAAAGGCGCCGGCACCGCCCCCGCUUCUCGUCGCUGGUGACGGAACCUACGCGCGACGCGGUCCUGAGCUCUGGGAAAGAGUCCAUGCUGAGGGAUGCCCAAGAAGUUCCAGGGCGAGAACACCAAGUCGGCCGCUGCUCGAGCGAGGAAGGCCGAGGCCAAAGCAGCAGCUGAUGCCAAGCGGCAGCAGGAACUGGAGGAUGCCUAUUGGAAGGAUGAUGACAAACACGUCAUGAGGAAGGAGCAGAGGAAGGAGGAGAAGGAGAAGCGCCGUCUAGAGCAGCUGGAACGGAAGAAAGAGUUGCAGAGACUGCUGGAAGAAGAAGACUCUAAGCUGAAGGGGAAGUCUCCCAAGCCCCUAACCCCAGGCAAAGUGACUCGGGCUCAGAUAGAGGAGACGCUCCGCCGAGACCAGCAACAGAAGGAGAAUGAGGAGACAGUGGACAAACCAAAAAGUCACCUUGAAGUACCCUUGGAGGAGAACGUCAACCGCCGAGUCCCCGAGGAGGGGAGCGUGGAAGCCAGAACGAUUGAAGACGCCAUAGCUGUCCUCAGUGUUAAUGAUGACUCUGACCGCCACCCCGAGCGCCGCAUGAAAGCUGCUUUUACUGCCUUUGAGGAGCUGCACCUGCCAAGACUGAAGAAGGAGAACCCCAACAUGCGUCUGUCCCAGCUGAAACAGCUGUUGAAGAAGGAGUGGAUGAGGUCCCCUGACAACCCUAUGAACCAGCGGACCAUGGCCUACAAUGCCCAGAAAUAGAACUUGGGGAAUGGAAACAGGCAGGGGAAGAGAGGGGACCCAUUCUAGUCUGCACCACUGGGUCUCAGGCCCUCAAAUUCAGGGUUUGGGGGGACGGAGAAGAACAGCCCCUGAUAGAACCAGUGGAAUUUUUUUUAAACACAUUUCCUUCCCCUGUUCUCAGCACUACUGAUUAAAAGAGGAGUCACCACCCAUCCAAGGUUCCUGCUCUCUGGCCUUUCCUGCUGCCUCCCUGGGAACAAGGCCCUUCUAUGACUUCAGGGCAGAAGGAUCCCCAUUCCCAGCUUCCCUGACCCAGCAUGGCAGCACUGGUCACACACACACACACACUCACUCUCUCUCUCUCUCUCUCUCUCUCUCUUUCUCUCUCUGUCUCUUUCUCUUUCUCUUUCUCCCUCCCUCCCCCCACCCUCCCCCUGUCUCUCCCCCGCUCCCCAUUUUGGAGGUGGGGUGGGAAUAUAUAUCUUUAGCUUUCAUCUGCAGGGUCCUACAGCUCAACAUCAGUUUCUCAGGCCUCACUGACUUUGGCAAGGCAGGAAAGGGGCCCUCUUCCUCUCUUCUUCAACUGGGAGGUUGAGUCUGUCCCAGGUGAUCAGGGCCCCUACCAGAACUGAGUCUAGAUCCUAGUUCUCCCUCUCCCCAUUGACCUUUGAACUUCAUGCUGAAGGAGUCAAGGGCCUUCCCUUGGCCUUCCCUCCCCUCUUGUUUGUAAUUGCUCAGAGGAGAACUGAGUAGUGACCCCACAGCUAUGUAGUUGGGCACCUGCUCCUUCUCCAUGAAGUCCCUCCAAGCUAGUUGGAUGGACCAGUUACCAGCACACCCCAUGACCCCUUCACUCUGGUCAUCAGCUUUCCACAGAGUUUCCACCAGCUUUACUCAUGUGCCCAAUUCCUCCUAAACAGGUUCAGUAACAGGUAAAGCAGGCCUCCAAGGAGCUAGGAGGUAACUGCCUUCAUUUUGGGGCUCACUUAUUCCCACUGGGAGUUGUGGGCAACAGAUCUGAACUACUCUAGCCAAUGAAAGAUUGGGGGGGGUAUUUUAAUAUUUUUUUUCAUAACAAGUAAUUUUAACUUAAUUUUGCUUAAUUCUCACUCCAUUAUCAGUAGCCAGAGACUGAAAUCCUGCCCUCUACCCCCACCCACAGUGAUGGUCUGAGAUUCCCAGAUCUUGGCAGCACAGGGUUUACUGACUACCUUCCCCUUCCACCUUCUGUCUCCCCACCAAAACCUAAGAGGCAUGGAUGGUCCUGGACAUAGUCCAGUGACCACCACUUUCCAAGGAAUAGCCCCUACCUUGAGUUUUUCCUGUUCUGGUUUGGGCCUAGCCAGUGCCAGGAUCUCCCUGGCACUGGAGAGAUCCUGCUCUCUCUCUCCCCAGCCUGCUCCCACCAAGGGCUUCUUCCUUUCUCAAGGGCUUGGUGUGUGUUUGGGACCGUAGAAGGCUAUGGCUGCUGCCUCUAAAAAGCAUUUGCACUUUGGGAUCCUUGAAUUUUGAAGGGCAUCAGAGUCUCUCAUCCUUCUUGCAGGGUCACCCUGCAGUGGCAGAAGAAGGGCACUAGGGAGCUGAGCAGUAGGUCAAAGUGGGGUGACCACUCUGCAUAGCCCUCAGACUCCAUCUUGACUUUUCUCCCUUUCCCCUCAUCAGAGAUAUAAAAAAGUUUGUCUUCUGGGUUUUAACUUGCAGACAAUUGAACACCACUAAAGGACAAGGCUGAAGCCUACCUUGCUCAGUGUCAGGAGACUUCUUCCCUUUUGGCUCACUCUGGGAAGGACCUAGACUGUUUGAAGGGUUAACCCUGAAAGACCCAGGGAAUUUGGAGCAAACCUUCUGCUCCCCAGGCCGAGAGAGGGACCAGAGGGUCCCCAGGAGAAGCUGGAAGAGGAGGAGGGGUUUAAAAAAAAUCUUUUGGUUUGAAUGGGGAAAACUGUUCUCCACACCCAGAAUACUUCUUGUCCCUUCCAUGCUGAAAUCCUAUCCAUUCUGCAAGGCCCACUCCUAGAAAGUUCUCCAAUUACCCCACUCCCCAGGAAGAAGUAAACUAGAUCUCCAGCCUCGUGUCUGUGCCCUUCCUUCGAUCCCUAGCCCAGUCUCUUUGCUGUUGUAGUUAUUAUAUGUGCCCCUGUCUUUCCCCAGCCAGCUUGGGAGUUCCCCCAAGGACUCAUAAUGAAGGGCCAUCCAUUCUUCUCUAUGUAGCCCAGAACAGGCCCCUGCACACAGUAGGUGCUCAGUGUGCAAUCCAUUCAUUAAAUAAACAACUGGGUCCCAAACCUGUGUUGCCAUA